AUGUGGGGCAUGAAGCCUACCGAGACUGCCACACAUGGCCGCAUCGUCAAGGUGGGAAUCAUAGGAUGCGGUCUGGUUACGCAAGUGGUCCACGUGCCCUGUAUGAACUCUUUAUCCCACCUCUUCCAGGUCACAUACCUCUACGAUGUCUCCGAGGAUGCCAUGAGACACAGUCUGGAAAAGCUCGCUGGCAACGCGAAACCCAAGAUUACCAGGAGCGUUGAAAAGCUUUGCAACGCGCCGGACGUAGAUUUGGUCCUGAUAGCAAGCCAUCACGCUUUCCACGCAUCCCAAGCAUUACUUGCGCUCCAGGCCAACAAGCAUGUCUUCAUUGAGAAGCCCAUCGCCUUGACUUUGCAGGACACGGACCGUAUCAUUGCCGGGGACAAGGCUGCGGGCGGCGGUAAAGUCAUGAUUGGAUACAUGAGGAGAUAUGCCGCCGCUUUUGUCGAUGCGGUAAAAGAGGUCGGGAGCAUUGAACAAAUACGCUAUGCGCGCGUUCGAGACAUCAUCGGUCCCAAUUCAGUCUUUGUGGGACAGUCUGGCACAUUUCCAAGAACAUUCAAUGAUUAUCAAGAGAAAGAUUCUGAAGCGUUGCGUAAAAAAAUCACCGAAGACAUAGAACAAGCUCUUCGAACCGAGUUGGAAGUCACUGUUACGAAGGAGACGGAUAUGAUGUGGCACACGCUUUCUAUGCUUGGCUCACACGACUUGAGCGCCAUGCGGGAGAUUUUGGGCAUGCCGAAAGGUGUCAUUGGAUUCUCUCCCUGUGCCACUACUGGCUCGCCGUUCUGGAGUGCGAUAUUCCAGUAUCCCAACUUUGCCGUAGCAUAUGAGUCUGGAGUCGACCAGGUGGCACGAUUCGACGCAUCAAUCGAGGUCUUUGGUGACACCAAGACAGUCAAAGUGUGUAUAGAUACACCGUUCGUCCGAGGCCUGCCAACAACAAUGGUCAUCAAGGAGACUUUAACAGACGGAUCGUAUCGGGAGUCGACCAUUCGACGGACAUAUGAAGACCCGUUCUUGCUCGAGCUACAAGAGAUGCACAGAUGGGUUACAGAAGGAAAGAUACCGAAGACAACCCCAACUGAUGCCCGAAAAGAUCUCGAGAUUUUGGGAAUGCUCAUGAAGGCUAUUGCGCCACAAAAGGCAUGA